GUUACACCUCCCCCGGCGGUGCACACGCUAGGGCCACGCAAGCUUCUUGAAUCACUUUCAGAUUCCUCGGACAAGUUGCAUCAAACCAAACCAAGGAGACUCCGGGUUCUUGAAGCCAAUGAACAAAGGAUUUUGAUUUUGAUGUCUUUUGUCCUGCCGCUACAGCACUGUGCCCAUAGCAGUACAACCUUUCCCAUGAAUCAUCGGUGUUGGAUGGAGAGCUUCCAGUCUAUUCCAGUUACGCUGGGUGUUGAAGCGUUGAUGUUCUACUCGCUUGCUUUAGGGCAAGCUUAGGGAGCGGCCUGUGACUCAAUUUCACAUACACCCGUUACCUCAGGAUCCCGUGAACUAGGACCAUCUUGAUAUUGGAGAAGAUAGUGAUGAGCAACUAUAAACUGGGUGUAUCUUCCCACUGCCUCGAUUUGUCUAUAUAUUCCUGGAUUGCCUGGACUGAAACAUUGGUUCUCGUUUACAUACGAGCACUAACAGGAUGCCUUUCGAUGGUCAAAUUGGUGCUUUGGAGAUUGGGAUCGUGACUUCCACGUUCCUUUUUGGGAUCACCACGACACAGACGUACUUAUAUUACCAACUGUUCCCCCAUGAUCCGAAAUGGACGAGGCAACUGGUGUCGGUCGUAUGGUUCUUCGAGCUCGGACACUCCAUUUCAGCUGUUCACGCGCUCUAUGCCUAUACUAUUUUGCACUUCGGCGACAGUAACGUGCCUCAUAUGAAAGCACCUUUGUCGAUCGCAGUCAAUCUCAUUAUAUCUGAGAUCGUUUUUGUCUUUGUGCAAGGCUAUUUUCUACACCGGAUUACUAAGGUUUCCCGAACUUGGUUCUUCACAUUCGGGUGCUCGUUUUUGCUACUCGUGCGCUUUGUGAUCACCUUCGUUGCAUUCGUUGAGGCGGUCUUGAUGGACAGCCUGGAUCAGUACACAAAAGAUUGGAAUUGGGCACUCAUCACGCUGCUCUCUAUCGGUUCAUUCGUCGAUCUAGUUAUACCCUUUGGAUUGGUGUAUUUCUUGUAUGCCCAGCGAUCGUCGGCAUACAAAACAACCGCCGCCAUAGUGGACAAGCUGAUUCUUUGGACAGUUGAGACUGGAUUAGCAACUGGAUUUCUGGCAGUGCUCAUUUUGAUCUUUUACCUCUCGUUAAAAGGGAAAUUCGCAUGGAUGUCCGUUUACAUGUGCUUGCCAAAAAUGUUCUCGAACGCCUUCCUCGCCAAUCUGAACUCUCGUGUCAAACUUAGAGCCAUGCAAGAGAGCACAGAUGUGCUGGAGAUGUCGGGACCGGAUUCGAGUGUCCGAAAUACCAUCCAUUUCCCUCAUCGACUAGGAGCAAAAGUGACUGUUUCCACGCAAAAGGUCAGGACUGUUGAAUCGGACGGGUAUUCCAAACCCAUUGAAGAGAAUGUAUGCCCUGGAGACGAAACUCCAAGUACUGCAAAUGAUAUUAAAGACGUCGUCGUCGUCGUUUAAGGAUGAAAGUUGCAUUUGCAUUCCGUUUAUAAAGGUCAUGAGCGUAAGUAUCCUAUGUUCGCACUUCACUGCCUUGCCUUGUGUUGUAACUGUAAGAAUAUUCUAUGGCUAUUAAUAGGCGGUUAAUUUAUCUUGCCAUAUUCGUGUCGACAUUCGUGAAUUGUUCAACGAGUGCCCCACCAACGCACACACCAG